AUGCGACCCAUCUUGACGAAUACGUUAUCAUGCGUGUUCAAAGAGUGCCGGCCGCGAGGCAUCCAGUGGGAACGAGGACUUGCUCGCUAUUCUCAACCAUACAGCAAGCAAAUCUACAAUGAAUUCUCAAAACCGACGGUACCAUUCACAACUAGGGUGGCAUGUCUGAAGAUCCCGAGAAAAGCACUCGACAUCUAUCAACAUUGCCGACAUAUUCAUACAAAGCCCACGCCGCAAGAUAUACUGAAUCUGUCCCUCUCCCUCUCCCAUGGACGUAUGAAUGGAACGACCGAGUUGAUGUGCACUCUGAUUGACGCCAAUGGCGCUAUCGAGAUAUCGGAGACCCGCCUGACCAAGGCCAAUAUCGCUCACCAGUAUGGGGUCGAUGGCCGCGACCUGCGCACGGUAGAUGCAGUAUCAGGGGGCGUCCCUCAUUUCGUCGUUCGACCUACCACGAUCUUCAUCAGUCUUUUUUCUCUGAGACUUCUCGUUCAAUCAGACCGAGCACUCUUGAUCCGAGGGGGUUCCAGGGACAACGAUCCCCACGCCUUCCUCGAGGAGAUCUUCGUGACGGAUCUUCAGAAUAAACUGUGCGGCAAUCAUCGCUCUGGGUUCCCGGUUUCACUUCCAUAUGAACUCCGCGUAUUCGAGGCCGCAUUGGCAUCCGUGACCGCACACCUAGAGGCGGAGCACUCUCUAGUCCGCAAGGAUAUCGAGUACAGCCUGAAAGAUCUACAAAGCGAAGACAUCGCUUCAACCGGACCGAGGACGCUACUCGAGAACGGGAAAAAGCUCGUCAAUAUCGAACAACGCGCUCGACAGAUGCGCACCGCGCUCCAAGAACUACUCAGCAAUGACGAAGAUCUCGCCGAAAUGUACCUCACGGACCAAAAAGCUGGCCGGCCCCAUGCCAUCGAAGACCAUCAAGAAGUCGAGUACCUUCUCGAGGCAUACUAUAAAAGUCACGAUGCGAUUGUCGAAUCGGCGGGGGCACUGUUGAGUGAAGUGUACCGUACACAAGAUGCCAUCUUAUCCGUUCUCGACGUGCGACGAAAUCAGAUCAUGGUCUUUGAGGCGCAACUUGAGAUUUGCAUGCUGGGAUUUGCGGUUUCGACAUUCGUGGCGGGCUUAUACGGUAUGAAUGUGAUCAACUACCUAGAAGAUAACCCCUACGCUUUCCCGUCCCUGGUGGCAGGAUGCGUGAUGGGGACAUUAAUACUCGCACGGAUUGGCAUGUCGAAGCUGCAAAAAUUCCGCCGGAUUCAGCUGUGA